AUAAUAACCAUACAGCGGAAUAACACAAUGAAGGAUGAUUUCAUAAAUCACACAGAAAAGGAACCACCUAAUCCUAAAUCUGCAAGUAAUGGCUAUGACAAUCCUGCUUUCCAACAUGAUGAAAAACCUGAGCAAAAUGACGAGUUAAGGAACGAGAAAAAAAAGAAAAAUGAGACGUCAAAGGAAAAGAUGGUUGGCAUUUUGAAAUUGUUUGGGUAUGCCGAUUGGCUGGAUAUCAUUUUGAUGAUGAUAGGCUUAAUUGCAGCUGUUGCAAAUGGAACAGGGAUGCCACUUCUAUUCGUUCUCUUUGGAGGUAUGACAAACCGCUUUGUGACGAUUGGCCAAGCAGUAAAUAUGUCUUCAGUUAAUCUUUCAGCUGUGAUGAAUAGUAGCUCUACUUGUUCAGCAGUUCCAGGUUUAGAUAUAGAAGCUGAAAUGAUAAGGUUUGCCUACUACUAUGUGGGUAUUGGCUUCGCUGUAAUAAUACUGAGCACCAUCCAAGUCUGGACAUUUUUUACCUCAGCUGCAAGACAGACAGCAAGAAUCCGACAAAAGUUUUUUUUCGCAAUACUUCACCAGGAGAUGGCUUGGUUUGAUGCCAGCCAGAUGGGAAUGUUGAACACACGACUGACAGAUGACAUUAACACCAUCCAUGAAGGCAUCGGAGACAAGAUCUGUAUAUUUGUACAAUUAUUUGCCACGUUUCUGACAGGGAUUAUUAUAGGAUUCAUCUACGGGUGGAAACUGACUUUGGUGAUUUUGUCAGUUAGCCCUCUCCUUGCUGCAUCAGUAGCAGUUGGAUCAAUCUUCCUGGCAUCAUUCACUACAGAAGAGCUGACUGCUUAUGCUAGAGCAGGAGCCGUGGCAGAAGAAAUUUUGACUGCUAUCAGAACAGUUGUUGCUUUCAAUGGACAGAUGAAGGCAUUAGCAAAAUAUGAUGUUAACCUAGAGAAUGCUAGGAGAGUCGGAGUCAAAAAAUCCAUUACUACCAACACAACUUUGGGUUUCGCAGAGUUUGUUUUAUUUGGAGCCUAUGCGCUUUCAUUGUGGUAUGGAACCAAACUCACAGUGGAGGAGAAAGAGAAUUAUGACAUUGGACGUGUGUUAAUUAUAUACUUCUCUGUGCUCCUUGGUGCAUUCUCUCUCGGGCAGGCCUCCCCUCACUUGGAGAGUGUUGCCAAUGCUCGAGUUGCUGCCUAUGAAGUGUACAAAGUUAUCAGUAAGCACCAUCUUGUAGAUAGCAGUGCCAAGGAAGGAUACAGACCAGACAAGCUCAAAGGAGAGAUUGAAUUCAAAAACAUCCAUUUCAGUUACCCAUCUAGACCUGAUGUUAAAAUUCUCAACGGCCUGAACCUGAAAGUUCAAUCGGGGAAGACCAUAGCUCUGGUUGGCUCCAGUGGCUGUGGCAAAAGUACUGCUAUUCAGCUGCUACAGAGAUUCUAUGAUCCAGUCCAAGGAGAGAUUACCUUAGAUGGACGAGAUAUUCGGACACUUAAUGUAAAGUGGCUAAGAGAACAUAUUGGCCUUGUAAGCCAGGAGCCUAUUUUGUUUGCUACAACAAUAGCUGAGAACAUUCGCUAUGGCAGAGAGGGUAUUACUGAUUCUGAAAUUGAGAAAGCAGCUAAAGAAGCCAAUGCUUUUGAUUUUAUAUCCAGACUGCCUGAUAAAUUUAACACUAUGGUGGGGGAAAGGGGAGCUCAGCUGAGCGGAGGGCAGAAACAACGAAUUGCUAUUGCUCGUGCCCUGGCAAGGAAUCCCAGGAUUCUGCUGCUGGAUGAAGCCACGUCUGCUCUGGACACUCAGAGUGAAUCUGUAGUGCAAGCAGCUCUUGAUAAGGCUAGGGCUGGACGUACCACCAUUGUGAUAGCUCACCGGCUCUCCACAAUCCAGACGGCUGACAUUAUUGCUGGAUUUCACAAUGGUGUUGUUGUUGAACAGGGAACACACAAUGAACUCAUGACAUUGAAGGGUGACUACUAUUCUCUUGUGAUGCGGCAGGGUCAUAGUGGAAACACUCAAAAUGAGAUAUCGGAAUGUGAUGAAGAGACACAAAAUCUAGAUGAUCUCAGGAUGGAGAACGUGACUGAUCUUGGCGGUUUUGAAGAACCAGGAAUCCUUGAAAUGGAAAGCAUUCCUGGUAGAUUCAGAAAGUGUAAAAGCAGAAAGACCUCUUCUAAAAAAAAGUCAUCUGAAAAGAAGGAGACAGAGAACAACAAGGAAUCCGGUGGCACCAAGGAGAAAGAGGAGGAAAAUCUUCCUGCUGUGCCUUAUUCCAGAAUUCUGGCUCUGAACAAACCGGAGUGGCUGCAUAUAUUCUUUGGCAUGAUUGCUGCUGCCUUCUCUGGUGGUAUCUACACUGUAUUUUCUGUUAUAUUUGGAAAAAUCAUUGGGGCUUUUCAAGAAACAGAUCCUGAAAAAAGGAGCAAAACCACCACAUGGCUUUCUCUAAUGUUUCUUGUACUGUCAGUGAUCAGUUUAGUAACCCACAUAAUCCAGGGAUUCAUGUUUGGAAAGUCUGGGGAAGUUCUGACCAAGAGAUUGCGAUUUUUAUCAUUCAAAGCAUUGAUUCAGCAGGAGAUUGGGUGGUAUGACGAUCAUAAAAAUGCCAUAGGGGUUUUGUUAACCAGACUAGCUACAGAUGCUUCACAAAUCAAAGGGGCUACUGGAAGCCAACUUGGCCUGUUCACUAAGGCUGCCUGUACCCUUCUGACCGCCAUCAUUAUUGCUUUUGUAUAUGAAUGGCGAUUAACUUUGCUUAUCCUGGUCUGCAUUCCUUUCAUUAUUGCUUCAAAUGCUAUUAGACUGAGCUCUGUGGCUGGUCACGUAUUAAAAGAUCGAAAAGCUUUGGAAGAGGCCGGAAGAAUUUCAAUAGAAGCAGUUGAAAAUAUAAGAACUGUGGCUUCAUUAACUAGUGAAGAUGCAUUCUGUGAGAGAUAUAGUGCAAGUUUGAAUGGUCCAUACAGGGACUCUCUAACAAAAGCCCCCAUAUAUGGAUUUACCUAUGGAAUAGCCCAGUGUACACUCUACUUUCUUGAUGCAGCAGUCUUCAGGUUCGCCGCCUGGCUCAUUGCUAAUUGUUAUACAAACUUUGAAAAUGUAUUUAUAGCCUUUUUUUCAAUUCUAUAUGCUGCUUUGAAUGUUGGGCAGUCCAUUUCUUUGGCACCAGAUUUUGGCAAAGCUAAAGUUUCUGCCCAACAAAUCUUUCAGCUUUUGGAUCAGAAACCCUUAAUUGACAGCUAUAGUGAAGAGGGGACAAAACUGAGUCAGUUUGAUGGCAACAUUGAAUUCAGGGAUAUCCAUUUUGUAUACCCUACAAGACCAGAAGCUCAAGUUUUGCAAGGAUUCAGCCUGAAGGUUAAUAAAGGACAGACGCUAGCCUUGGUGGGGAGCAGUGGUUGUGGCAAAAGCACAUCCAUUCAGCUACUGGAGAGAUUUUAUGACCCUAUGGCAGGACAAGUGUUUGCAGAUGGAUUCGAUAUCAAGUCUUUGCAUUUGCAUUGGUUAAGGUCCAAAUUGGGUAUUGUGUCACAGCAGCCUAUUUUGUUUGACUGCAGCAUUGCUGAAAAUAUCCAGUACGGAGACAACAGUAGGGUUGUUAGUCAGGAGGAGAUUGAAGAGGCAGCUAAAGCAGCAAAUAUUCACACCUUCAUAGAAAAUCUUCCAGAGAAGUAUAAUACCCAAGUGGGUGACAAAGGAGCACAACUUUCUGGAGGUCAGAAACAAAGAAUAGCAAUUGCUCGUGCUCUAGUUCGUAACCCAGCAGUUCUGCUUCUAGAUGAAGCCACAUCUGCUCUUGACACGGAAAGUGAAAAGAUUGUCCAGAAAGCCUUGGACAAUGCCAGGAAGGGUCGAACCUGCAUUAUUAUUGCUCACCGCUUGACGACUGUCCAGAACGCUGAUGUCAUAGCAGUGAUUCAUAAUGGAAAAGUAGUGGAACAAGGGACUCACAGCCAGUUGCUGGCAAAGGAAGGACAUUACUAUGCACUUAGCUGGGCAAAACAUUUGAGGAGACAUGCACAAUUGGACAUUAAAGGUUUAGAAAAGGGUUCUACUUCGGUCAACCGACAGUACAUAUGAGCUGCCACAACCAUUAGGCAUGUGGUCCCAUCAUUUUGCCAUCUUAGAGACAGGUGUCAGCGUUACAUAUGACGUACAGGAAGAUGAUUGUACGUAUAUCGUUCUUGGCAUGUUGCUUAACAUUGUUCGUCAGUGCAUUCCUGUGUGUGGCAAUAGCCAGCCAAAUUCAAUCAAGUCUGUAUUGCUGGAACAGUUGUUUUGAAAUAAAAGGCCUGGAGGUGUCAAGUAUCAGACCAUUCUUUAAAAUAUUGUGGGAUUAGAAGUUGCUGCGGCCAGAACAACCAGCUCUUUCUAUUUAGUGUAUUUUAGUCUAUGGUUGGAGUAUGCGUUCAGUGAUGAUGCUGAUCUUAUCUGUGGGGAAAGGACACGGCUCUGUGGCUGCACCUCACUUCUUAAAAAAUGAAUCUGGAAAACCUCCCACUGUAUACAUCUGGCCUCUUCACUUGUAUUUCAAAGGAGGAAAUUUUAACAGGAAAAUGGCAAAUACGAUGAAGGUAACAUGGGUCAGUUCACUUAGUCUUCCACAAUUCUACACCCCCACUACUUAAAAGAAUCAAUAUUUAUUUAUUUUCAGUGUAAAUAAUACACACCAAUAUCAGUCUCCCUUUAAAAUUACAAUCCAGAGCAAUAAAACACAAUGCAACAAAAGCAAAUCCCAGACAACAUAAAACAGCCAGACACCCAGAAAACUGAACAAACUCUUCUUCAGAUUUGCAACAGAAACCCCACACAACCAAAUGCCUGUUAAAGUAUGUAGACUGUGCUGCAUGAAUCUAAGCAGAUCUCUGUGUUGCAAGCUUUGGUAACAAAUGAUGGCCAAACACUCUCACCCAUGGGGGCUGGGGGGUCCUGUAAUCAGCCAUAUUCUCUGGUAGCUUCUCCCAAUCCACCAUAAUCACCCCCACACCAGCCUGCUCUCAUUUCUGCCCCAGUCUCACCCCAUCACUGAAAGAUACCCACUUGCAUUUUCCAGUCCAGAUCAGCUGGAGAGAGAGGCCCAGGCAGCCUGCAAAUUGGUCAAGAUACUGGCCAGCAGUGAAGAGGCAAAGGUGGUAUUAAGCCAUCUUUGCAGAUUCCAAAUUCUGGGACCAACAGGCAACAACCUGGUGUAAGAGAGAGGAGCCACUCCAGGGGACCUGUAGGCUAAAAUGACAUUUUAGCCCCACCUGCUUCUUGCCUGGCCAUAUCUGCUACACUUGGUGCCAGAAUAAAACCUUACUAGCAUCUUUGCCACUCACCUCUGGACAGUAUCUUGGCCAGUUUGCAGGCUGUCUGGGCCUGCAAAGCCAGAGGGUUCCCCUACUUAAGAGGAUUUCUCCCCUGCCCAAACUGGCUGGUUAUGUGGCCAGUUUGCACCAGUGUGGCCAUGAGCCUGGCCCGCCAUGCUGGCUGUUGUCAGCAUUCUGGAAAAAACAUCAGCCCAUAUCUAUUCACUAACUCUAAUGACCUCUCAAACCCAUUGAAGAAGGGGGAGGGGGCAUAAAACAGGUACAUCACAAAGUAUGUUAUGUUAGUGCUUAUCUAAGUGUGCUAGGCUAUUGCUGAUGUAUGAAGUUGUGAGAGAACAAGAGUGCACCAAGAUUUUGGAGAGCAGCCACAACAUAAUUAAUCAUUCAGCUCACCUGUAAAUUCAGUAUAAAUUGCUGUCAAAUUUGAUUAACUCUUUGGGGUCAGGAAUCAAAUUUACACUGAUACAUGCUCAUUCAAACUUCAGCCAUGGUGAGGAGCAUAGUAUAAAUACCUAGACAAACUGAUAGUAGAAGAUGCCAAUUCUGCUGGUGUUAAGGAGUUAAAUGCCCUUGUAUUCUUAUUAGCAUUAGUGUAGGACAAUCCCAAUGGGUGUUGAAGUUCCCCUUGUUUCCUUCCCAAAUAUUUUACCUCCUCUACAGUCUAUAAAACUCCUAUUCACACCAAUCCAAAAAGUGUAGAGGAUUGUAUAACUCCAUAAAGAAGCUACUUCUUAAAGGCCUUAUGGGGAUAAGGAAGAAUUUCAUUGGAAUCACCAUUUGCAACCCUCAGAUCCUUAGAAACUUUCUCCCUUUUAAAAACAGAUUUGCUAUCAUUUUGAAAAAUAAAAAAGUGUUUGUUUAUUCCAUUCAGCUGAAAUGCUAAAUUAGUGUGUCUUUAUUUUCCAGGGACUAGCUUUAUGAGUCUAAUUUAAAUUCUGAGCGAGUUUAUGAAAUUUUGUGAUACAAUCCAUGACAGGCAAUAAAUAAUCUGUCUAUUCUUGGCUGCUGUCAUAAAUAUAAAGGGAAGGGUGAACCCCGUUAAAAUCCCUCCUGGCCAGAGGAAAAUUCCUCUCACCUGUAAAGGGUUAAGAAGCUAAAGGUAACCUUGCUGGCACUUGACCAAAAUGACCAAUGAGGAGACAAGAUACUUUCAAAAGCUGUGAGGAGGGAGAGAAACAAAGGGUCUGUGUGUCUGUUGGUAUGCUGCUUUUGCUGGGGAUAGAACAGGAAUGGAGUCUUAGAACUUUUAGUAAGUAAUCUAGCUAGUUAUGUGUUAGAUUAUGAUUUCUUUAAAUGGCUGAGAAAAGAAUUGUGCUGAAUAGAAUGACUAUUUCUGUCUGUGUGUCUUUUUUGUAACUUAAGGUUUUGCCUAGAGGGAUUCUCUAUGUUUUGAAUCUAAUUACCCUGUAAGGUAUCUACCAUCCUGAUUUUACAGGGGUGAUUCCUUUA